AUGAGCGCUCGUACGGGGUUGGGGCGCCUGGGUGGGUCUCUGUCGGAGGACCGCGCCCUGGCCGAGCGAUUGGAAGCCCUGCUGUCCUCUCUGGAGGGCAGCUUAGACCUCGACGAUCUUUCCUCCAGCUUGAGAGAUAGGCCAGGGUCAAGCAAGAGGGCUCGGGUUGCUGGGGGCGUGCGCCUUGCCUCAGCCCUGGCCGACCCACGGCCCGUGUUCUACGCUGAUCUGGGCGGCAUUGAGAGCGUGCUGGAAUCCAUCAAGGAGCUGGUGGAGCGACCAUUGCGCCACCCAGAGGUGUACGACUGGCUGGGGGUAGAACCCCCCCGCGGUGUCCUUCUGCACGGCCCCCCGGGCUGCGGCAAGACGGCCCUGGCCAACGCCAUUGCCAACGAGUGCGGCGUCCCCUUCUUCCGCUUGUCAGCUCCGGAGGUGGUCAGCGGCAUGUCUGGCGAGUCGGAGGCCAAGCUGCGGGGUGUGUUUGCCGAGGCGGCCGCAGCCGCCCCCGCCAUCCUCUUCAUCGACGAGAUCGACGCCAUAGCCCCCAAGCGCGAGUCGGCGCAGCGCGAGAUGGAGCGCCGCAUCGUCGCCCAGAUGUUGACGUGCAUGGACGACCUGGCGGCGGCCGGCUCCGGUGGUGCACCCCGGGGUUCCGCCGCAGCAGAGGCCGGGCCGGGCAUGGAGGUCGACGAGGAGGUCCGGCGGGAGCCUGGGAAGCAUGUGGUAGUCAUUGGCGCGACUAACCGACCCGAUGCCAUCGACGCCGCGCUGCGCCGCGCCGGGCGGUUUGAUCGGGAGAUCCCACUCGGCAUCCCCUCUGAGGAGGGAAGGGCACGCAUUCUUGAGGUCCUGGCGCGGCCGCUGCGACUCGAGGGCAGCUUCGACUUCAAGGCCAUCGCCAAGAAGACCCCGGGCUUCGUGGGUGCCGAUCUCUCGGCCCUGAUGAAGGAGGCGGCAGCCCUGGCCGUGAAGCGCAUCUUUGCGCAGGCAGGGGAGCAGGAUACCUUGACCCCUGCUGAGCUGGAGGGCCUGGCGAUCACGAUGGCGGAUGUGGAGUCAGCGGUGGGCAAGGUGCAGCCGUCUAUUCGGAACGAGCUGGACUUUGCCAUCACCCAGCCCAUCGCCAACCCAGGCAUCUUUGCUGCCAUGGGCCUGCAGCAAGGAGCUGGCGUGCUGCUGUAUGGUCCACCAGGCUGUGGAAAGACGCUGGUGGCCAAGGCGGCGGCGGCGGCGUCCGGGGCCAACUUCAUCUCCAUCAAGGGCCCCGAGCUGCUCAACAAGUACGUGGGCGAGAGCGAGCGAGCCGUCCGCCAGCUCUUUGCGCGCGCGGGCGCCGCGGCCCCCUGCGUCCUCUUCUUCGACGAGAUGGACGCGCUGGCCCCGCGCCGCGGCGGCGAGACCAGCCAGAGCAGCGAGAGGCUUGUCAACCAGUUGCUGACGGAGAUGGAUGGCGUGGACGGCCGGACAGGGGUAUACCUCAUCGCCGCCACCAACCGCCCCGACAUCAUCGACCCGGCCCUCCUCCGCCCCGGCCGCCUGGACAAGAUGCUGUACGUGCCCCUGCCCGACGCCCCGGGGCGCGCCUCCAUCCUGCGCGCCCUGACCCGCCGGACCCCGGUGGGGGGCGCCCUGGACCUCGACGCGCUGGCCGCCUCCCAGCGGCUGGAGGGCUUCUCCGGCGCCGAUCUGGCGGCCGUGGUGCGGGAGGCCUGCGUCGCGGCGCUGAAGGAGGGCCUCGCAGCUGCUGGCCUGGGGGGUCUGGGUCCAAACCAGGCAGGGCCGCUGGUGACCCAAAGGCAUCUGGAGGCCGCGGCCAACAGGAACCACUUCUCGGAGAUUAUACACUGA